GUUCCCUGAAGCACUGAAGCAGUGAGAGGAUAUGGGUGGUGAUGGAUCCAGGGAGUUCAAGCCUGAUCAUGACGAGGAUGCAUCUGCUUCUUCAAAAAUGAAGGUAGUGCGAGAUGCAUCCAAAGAUCUCAAGCGUAAGGCUAUAGUUGCAGCUCCUCCUGUUGCAAAGAUGGCAAAGCCUAGUAAGGAUUUCAGUCGCAAAACUAUGAAGAUCUCAGCUGUUACAAGAACACAGCUGAAUGUACCUUUUGGAGACACUGACAGAGUCGUGUGCUGCACUAUAGUCAGCACCACUCAUUCUGCUGGUUUUUGUGUUGGUGCUGGUCUUUUUGAUUUGGCUGAACAUAGAAGAUUCAGGGUGGCAGAUCACUAUGUGAAGGACACUGUUCUAGUUGCAUUUGAUGAUGCAUUUGAUGUGCUCCUAGUUGCUGGCUACGACUACAGUGUUGGUCCUGAAGCACUAAUGACUGUUUCUAGGGUUUCUAAGUUAGAGCCUUAUGUACCUGACUGGGAUGGUUAUUUCCAAUCACGAACAAUAAUUGCUAGUGCUCCUGGUGAUGUUGCUGUUGAUGAAGACGAAUAGGGUGCUCGUCGUGAUGGUGGUACUGAAGAUGAAUGCUCUGGUGGUGGUUUUUCUGUGGGAGGACUUGGUGGCACUGGUGCAGGCGGUGCUGGUGCAAGUGUUGGAGCUUGAAGCUAUGAUGGUGCUAUAACUUGUUAAGCUAAAUUAGCUUUUGCUAGGCUAAAUAUAGGUGAAACAUGCUCGUGUUAGGUUGCUAGGUUAAAUUUGCUUUUGUCUUCUAUGUAGUUGAUCAGUCUGUUUGUGGAUUUGAAAAGUAUUCUCACUGUGGCUUCUUUAUGUUAUUAUCAGUGUGUUAUCUAUGCACUUGAUA